UGCUGGGUGAGAGAGAGGAAGCUUCAGCGGAUUCAGUUUUAUCCUGGCUCGCUGUUCGUUUUCCAUUUCAACCAGUGUAGUUGUUGCUGUUUCCUUCAUCUCUCUCACGCCAAUAUUAUCAUUAUCUUCUUCCCUUAUCGUCAUCAUCAUAUCAUCCAAUUCUUAGUUUGAUUCUCAACAAAUUGUCAAAUUGAACAGAAAACUAAAGUCCAACUUCCUUUUACAAGUUUUGGAAAAAGCUUUCUCUGCUUCUGUAUUCUGGAACUUGGAAGAAAUUGACUCAAAAGAAAACCAUGUCGAGUAGUGCAACGGGCACGUCUAGCAGUUCGGGAUCCUCGGGCGGCAGUGGGGGUGGAAAUGCUACUGGGUCCACUACCGGUGGGAACACUACUGGGCGACAAAACUCGGGACGAACUGAUUCUCCGAAAGAAUAUAAAACUAACCCCAAGAUGUCGAAGGCGUUAUCAACUUCUGCAAAGAGGAUUCAGAAAGAACUAGCGGAAAUUACCCUUGAUCCUCCACCAAAUUGUAGUGCAGGGCCAAAGGGGGAUAAUCUCUACGAAUGGGUGUCUACAAUCCUUGGCCCACCUGGAUCUGUCUAUGAGGGUGGUGUGUUCUUUUUGGAUAUACACUUUUCACCAGAGUACCCCUUUAAGCCUCCAAAGGUCACAUUCCGGACCCGGAUAUACCACUGCAACAUAAACAGCCAAGGGGUCAUCUGCUUAGACAUUCUCAAGGAUAACUGGUCCCCUGCUCUGACAGUUUCCAAAGUGUUACUCUCAAUAUGCAGUUUGCUCACAGACUGUAACCCAGCGGAUCCUCUUGUUGGAUCAAUUGCAACACAGUAUCUUCAAAAUCGUGAAGAGCAUGAUCGUGUCGCUCGAUUGUGGACUAAACGCUACGCAACAUAAAUCGAUGAUCUUUUGAAUUACCUACCUCUACGCUCAGUUGAAUUGCUUUGCCGGUGAUGCGCAAAAUCAAAACUUUUUCAAUUAAAUCAAUCGAAAAUCUAGUAGAAACCAUUUUUGUGUUUAGUGUACUGUUUAUACAUCAAGACUACUUUAAAAUUAUUGCUAAUAGUACGAGGAAACAAGUAAACCUUCGCAGCUGUAUUUUUUAUUCGUGAUAAUUAGUUUGACGUACUCGACUACUGAUAUGCACGUAUUAACAUCAUAGGAGUUUGAUAUUAUUCUCGGAUAUAUAUUGUUCUUGUUUGUAUUUGUCGUUUAACAUACGGAGAAGAAACUAUAAGAUUUAAUUACGCAUUGAAUUGACUGAAAAGAAUUUAAGAGUAACCACUUCUAGCUGCAUAUUCUGCAUAUACAUAUUUAUGUUAAAUUUCGUUGCAAUUUCAAUCAUUACUUAUAAAUCUCAGUUAUGGAUUUUGUUAGAGAAUAUUAUAGUUCAUAUUAUUAUAUCUGAUUGGAAUGAACAGAGGCUGUCUAAACUAUUGACUCUGAAUUAAACGAUUAAUUAACUUUUGCAAUAGAAAUAUUGAAUCGGUAGCAGUAGUAUACUAGAGAUGUAGCUCUACAGCAUAAUUGCGUAUUUUAUAUUUUGAAUUCAAAAUUCUAUAUGUAUACCAAUUAAUUGCCAACUAAUGUGUAUCUACUAAUGUGUAGUAGCGGACAGAAGACUUUGUAAUUAUUGUGAUUUAUGCAUUCGUUUAGUUACACACAUUUGGUUCGAGUUUGUUUAAGUUUUGAUUUUGGUUAACACAUACGAUUGCGAUAAACACUGACGAUUAUACGUGUCGUAUAGCAUACAAUUUUUGUACCAGAUGAUAAACUAUGCAUUAUUAAUAAUGUGAAUUCAUCUGAUUAAUGUGUUCUACUUUAUUUAAGUCUAGAUUUAAUAAAGUAACUUGCGUUAAGUCACCGAA